AUGAUGGUUGAUGUUAUUGGCGUUGGUUGCUAUUCUUCCAAGGAUUUAUGGACAUGGAAAAAUGAAGGCAUUGUGCUUGCUGCAGAAGAAAAUAAUGAGAUGCAUGAUCUUCAUAAAUCCAAUGUGCUAGAGAGGCCAAAAGUAAUCUACAAUGAGAGGACUGGUAAAUAUGUAAUGUGGAUGCAUAUAGACAAUGUCAAUUACACUAAAGCAUCUGUUGGUGUUGCUAUGAGCGAUUACCCCACUGGUCCUUUCGAUUAUCUCUACAGCAAGCAGCCUCAUGGAUUUGAUAGCAGGGACAUGACAGUCUUUAAAGACAAUGAUGGUGUAGCCUAUCUAAUCUACUCCUCUGAAGACAAUAGCGAACUUCAUAUAGGCCCACUAAGUCAAGAUUACCUUGAUGUGACAAAUGUCAUGAGACGGAUUCUGGUGGGGCAACACCGGGAAGCGCCAGCUUUGUUCAAGUAUGAGGGGACUUACUACAUGAUCACAUCAGGCUGCACAGGAUGGGCUCCAAACGAGGCCUUAGCCCAUGCUGCAGAAACAAUUAUGGGGCCAUGGGAGACCAUGGGCAACCCAUGCAUUGGGGGUAAUAAAGUGUUUCGUCAAACUACAUUCUUUGCUCAGAGCACAUUCGUGCUUCCUCUUCCAGGACUUCCAGGCUCUUUCAUAUUCAUGGCAGAUCGGUGGAACCCGGCAGACUUGAGGGAUUCAAGAUAUGUAUGGUUGCCUUUAACAGUGGGUGGAGCAGCAGAUAGGCCUCUUGACUAUAACUUUGGGUUCCCGUUGUGGUCAAGAGUUUCAAUUUAUUGGCACAGAAGAUGGAGGCUUCCUUACAGAUGGAGUGGAAAGAAAUGA